GAAGUAGAGUGUAAAAAAGGUGUUCCUGGAUGAAGCGCCCCUGGUAACAAUGCCUGGUAGCGAGACGCUUGCAGAAGCACGUGAUUGCGGAGAUUGGAGAUAAGAGCGGAGACGCUCGACGUUCAACAUCAUCCAACCUACACCAUUGUCUAUGGGCUAUACCACCCUGAAACGCUUAAAAUGAGUGGUUUCAAAGGUAUCAUGAAAGAGGGCUGGCACCCAAAAGGCCGCGAUGGUGGAAAAGAAAGCUGGAGAAGCGAUUUCAAAGGAAUCAACCAAGUGGCAGGAUGGAUGGGAAAAGGCAAAGACCCAAGCAGCGAAAAAUCAGAUCACACCUCCACGCCGCUAUCCUCGCUUAAAGACCCCUCAUCGUUUGGACCUCCUCCGAAACAUGUAAAGUACCACGGCCCGUCCGCACUCCCGAACGAAACGACUCCGGAUCGCAGUGGUCUAGGCGCUCCGCUACAACAAGAACAGAUUUAUCAACAGCAGCAACACGAGGUGGAGAUUGAGGCACGCGAAGCAGAAGAACAAGCGGCGGAAGAAGAGAGGCGGGCUGCACCUCCGGCACCAUAUCGGGCCAAUACAACGGGACUGAGGACAGAUCAUCUUCCACCACCGCCGAAGCGCGUGGGUUCCUCAAUCACAGGGAGUUCUGCGUCUUCGGGAAACUCGAACUCAAGACCUCCACCCAGUCUUCCGCCGCGCCUGCCUCCGCGAACGAAUUCCACCCCCGUACAGUCUCCGCCUGCAUACUCGCCGAUACCACAACCGGGACUAGGACCAGCGUCGGAGGGAUAUGUUAACCAAAGUGCAACAUCUCGACUGGCAAAUGCCGGUGUCUCCGUUCCUGCUCUUGGAGUGGGGGGCGAAAGUCAGGAUCGGCGGAGCACUGCCUCACCAGCGGGGACCCCUGUCAACGAGCUGCAGAGCCGUUUCUCUCAGAUGAAAACGGGAUCGUCUUACGGUCGACCUGCACCCCCUCCCCCGCCUGGACGAGGCACGAGUAACCCGGCACAGGAUACUCAAGAUACCCCACCGCCGGCCACAGGCUCUGGGGGAUUCAGGUCUACGAUCAGCAACUUCCGCGACCAACAUGCGGACAAGAUCGAUGCCGGCAAACAAAAGAUGGGCAACUUCCGCGAGCAACAUUCAGACAAGAUCGAUAGCGGGAAAGAAAAGAUGGGCAAUUUCCGCGAGCAACAUUCAGACAAAAUCGACACCGGGAAAGAGAAGAUGGGCAAUUUCCGCGAACAACAUGCAGACAAGAUCGAUGCCGGCAAACAGAAAAUGAGCGGGCUAUCGAAGCGAAUUGGUACAUAUGUCGAGGGGCAAAAGUCUCAGCCUAGUCAACGACCAGCACCACCACCUCCGCGGGCAUCAGCAUCAUCCCCGUCCACAUCAAAUGCGGGGGUGGAGAGCAUAGCUAAGAAGAAGCCGCCUCCGCCGCCACCAAAACGUGCGGAUAUCCGGGCUCCGUCGGUCCAAACGCCGUCUCCUUCGGGACCUCCCCCGUUGCCGCUCAGUUCCAAACCUAGGAUUGUAUGAUAUCGUGUAACUUUAUGGUUGUACUUGUAUCAAUAGAAGAUGUGCACUGCUGAAUGACCCUAAGAACACGAGUAGUCACUGUACAACUGGUUUGUAGCUGUAGUCGCUAUUUCUGCCUAAUUGGGACCAGGUCACGUGCCAUCCGGGGUAAGUAAUCCGGAGAUGAGAAAAAGAAAAAAAAAAGAUGCAGGGAUAACAUCUUAUCUGUAUGAAGUAGGAGUAAUCAAUCAGUAAAUCUAUACGG